AAUUAUUUAUUGCGAUAAAACUCUGCUUAUUUUCCUAUUUAAGAAGCCAGUCAGCCACACAAAUUUUGAAGGGGGAGAGAGAGAGGGGUUCAUGUUUUCUAGGGAGCAAGAAAGAGAAGCCAUGUUUAAGAAGCUUCAACUUCUUCGUUCCAUCACCAACUCUCAUGCGCACGACAAAGCCUCUGUCAUAUUAGAUGCAUCAAAGUACAUAAAAGACUUGAAGCAAAGGGUAGAAAGAUUGAAUCAAGACAUUGCUACAGCUGCAAGCUUUACUGGCGAGAAUUUUCCUACGAUUAGAGUAGAAGAACAAGAGGAUGAUUUUCUGAUUAAGGUAUUCACCACAAGGAAUUGCCAGGGAUUACUUGUAUUCAUACUGGAAGCUUUUGAAGAGCUCAGCCUUGAGGUUCUCCAAGCUAGGGUUUCUACUUCAGACAGUUUCAUUUUAGAAGCUAUUGCUACAAGAGAGAAUAAAGAAGCUGGUGACCAUAUCGAUGCUCAAGUGGUUGAACAAGUAGUAUUGCAAGGGAUACAAAAAUGGAUUGAAGUUAGUGAGCAAGAAUGAAGCAAAGCAAUUGCUAGCUAGUAGCCAACAUAGGUUGCUUCCUUCAUCACAUGUGAAUCAAUGAUUUUUCAUAUGCUGUACAGAAAAUCCAAAGACUGGGCAUGCCAUAUCGAUCAUGUAUAUGUGCAUCAUGUGAGUCAAUCUGUUUUUAUGUACAAUGAGAAACAAAUGGCAACAAAAUGUUUUGAUUUCUUCUA